AUGGAAAAGAAGGACGAUGUAGCCAGAGAUGUCUUCUAUGAUUGCUUGGAGCGCACCUAUAAGAACUGCCCCGCCACGGUGUCGUGCUUGGCCACUUUAAAGGCAGGAGAUACAUGUUUUCGUGAAGCUAUUCCAGCAAGUCAUCGUUUGGUCUGCACUCUCCGCUUUUUGGCCACGGGCGAUAGCUACAAAAGUCUUUCAGCUUUUUUCCGUAUUGUCCCAAACACUAUCUCAAAAUUUGUUCCUGAAGUUUGUGAUGCGAUUUACAGUCAACUUCGAAAUACUUACCUGAAGAUACCUUCAACAAAAGAAGAAUGGGCUGAAGUUGCUUCGAAAUUCGAUUUAUUAUGGAACUUUCCUAACUGCAUAGGAGCAGUUGACGGCAAGCAUGUGGUCAUGAUCGCACCAGCAAAAUCAGGAAGUACGUUUUACAACUACAAAGGAACUCACAGCAUAGUGCUUAUGGCAGUUGUUGAUGCCAGUUAUAAAUAUUUGUAUAUUGACGUCGGCUGUAACGGGCGUAUUUCAGAUGGUGGUAUUUUCAGUAAAUGUUCUCUGCAGCAUGCCCUCGAUACGGAUUCUCAAAAUUUACCACCUCCUCGUCAUUUAUUAGGUCGUGAAAUGAAUGUACCUUUGUUUUAG